CCCAAUUUGGGAGGUGGAGCUUCACUCGGAGGCUGGACGGGGCGGGGCGGGGCGGGGCAGAGCUUCCCGGGGGUGGGACUCCGGUCUCCGUGGCGUGUGGCAAAAGACAGGGUUAGGUCUAAAGAGGCGAUGGCGGCAAGCGCUUUGAGUCUCCUGACCACAUUGCUGACUGUUGCCACCAGUGCCUCCCGGGCCCAGGUCGAGUCCGAGGCGGGGUGGGACAUGUCGGCGCCGGAUCUGCUCUUCGCCGAGGGGACUGCGGCCUACGCACGCGGGGACUGGCCCGGGGUGGUACUGAGCAUGGAGCGGGCGCUGCGCUCACGGGCGGCCCUGCGCGCCCUCCGCCUGCGCUGCCGCACCCGGUGUGCCGCCGACUUCCCGUGGGAGUUGGACCUCAGCUCGCCCCCGAUCCUGACGCAGGCCUCGGGCGCCACCGCCCUGCAUGACCUGCGCUUCUUCGGGGGCCUGCUGCGCCGCGCCGCCUGCCUGCGCCGCUGCUUGGGGCCGCCGGCCUCCCACUCACUCAGCGAGGAACUGGAGUUGGAGUUCCACAAGCGGAGCCCCUACAACUACCUGCAGGUCGCCUACUUCAAGAUAAACAAGUUGGAGAAAGCCGUCGCAGCAGCGCACACCUUCUUUGUGGGCAAUCCUGAGCACAUGGAGAUGCGUCAGAACCUAGACUAUUACCAGACCAUGUCUGGGGUGAAGGAGACUGACUUCAAGGAUCUUGAGGCCAAACCCCAUAUGGAUGAGUUCCGACUGGGAGUCCGACUUUACUCAGAGGAGCAGCCGCAGGAAGCCGUGCCCCACCUCGAGGCGGCGCUGCAGGAGUACUUCCUGGCGGAUGAGGAGUGCCGGGCACUCUGCGAGGGACCCUAUGACUAUGACGGCUACAACUACCUGGAGUACAAUGCCGACCUCUUCCAGGCCAUCACAGAUCAUUACAUCCAGAUCCUCAGCUGUAAGCAGAACUGUGUCACUGAGCUGGCUUCCCACCCAAGUAGAGAGAAACCAUUUGAAGACUUCCUGCCAUCGCAUUAUAAUUAUCUGCAGUUUGCCUACUAUAACAUUGAGAAUUAUACACAGGCUAUCGAAUGUGCCAAGACCUAUCUCCUCUUCUUCCCCAAUGAUGAGGUGAUGAGCCAGAAUCUGGCCUACUAUACCGCCAUGCUUGGAGAAGAACAAGCCAGAUCCAUUGGACCGCGUGAGAGUGCCCAGGGGUACCGACAGCGAAGCCUGCUGGAGAAAGAACUGCUUUUCUUCGCUUACGAUGUUUUUGGAAUUCCCUUUGUUGAUCCGGAUUCAUGGACUCCAGAAGAGGUGAUUCCCAAGAGAUUGCAAGAGAAACAGAAGUCAGAACGGGAAACAGCUGUUCGCAUCUCCCAGGAGAUCGGAGACCUGAUGAAAGAGAUUGAGACCCUUGUGGAAGAGAAGACCAAGGAGUCGCUCGAUGUGAGCAGGCUGACCCGGGAAGGUGGCCCCCUACUCUAUGAAGGCAUCCAUCUCACCAUGAACUCCAAAGUCCUGAACGGUUCCCAGCGGGUGGUGAUGGAUGGUGUAAUCUCUGAUGAUGAGUGCCGGGAGCUGCAGAGACUGACCAACGCAGCAGCAACUUCAGGAGAUGGCUACCGGGGCCACACCUCCCCACACACCCCCAACGAAAAGUUCUAUGGCGUCACUGUCUUCAAAGCCCUCAAGCUGGGACAGGAAGGGAAAGUUUCUCUGCAGAGCGCCCACCUGUACUACAAUGUGACGGAGAAGGUGCGGCGCGUCAUGGAGUCCUACUUCCGCCUGGACACCCCGCUCUACUUCUCCUACUCCCACCUGGUGUGCCGCACCGCAAUCGAAGAGGCACAGGCUGAGAGGAAGGACAGUAGCCACCCAGUCCACGUGGACAACUGCAUCCUGAACGCCGAGGCCCUCGUGUGCAUCAAGGAGCCCCCAGCCUACACCUUCCGGGACUACAGCGCCAUUCUUUACCUAAAUGGAGACUUCGAUGGAGGAAACUUUUAUUUCACUGAACUAGAUGCCAAGACCGUGACGGCAGAGGUGCAGCCCCAGUGUGGAAGGGCCGUGGGAUUCUCCUCAGGCACCGAGAACCCGCAUGGAGUGAAGGCCGUCACG